UGCCGCUUGGGCGGAGGUUGAGCGCCAGAGGCCGCCCGCUUCGCCGCGCAAGAUGUCGGGGCUCCUCAGCGCCACCCUGAAAAUGCUCACGAGGGACUCGUACUGCGACUUCAGCGAAUACGUGGACCAGUUUUACAAGGGGUGCAUUGAUUUCCAGAACGAAGCCUUGAGGGCCUCCUCCACGCUUUAUGUGGGCAACCUCUCUUUCUACACGACGGAGGAGCAGAUCCACGAGCUGUUUUCCAAGUGCGGAGACGUCAAGCGCAUCAUCAUGGGCCUGGACAAGAACAAGAAGACGCCCUGUGGCUUCUGCUUUGUGGAGUACUACACAAAAGCGGAAGCUGAGCACGCCAUGCGUUUCAUCAACGGAACCCGGCUGGAUGACCGAGUUAUCCGGACAGACUGGGAUGUGGGCUUCAAGGAAGGGAGGCAAUAUGGACGUGGCAAGUCGGGGGGCCAGGUAAGAGACGAGUACCGGAAGGACUAUGAUGAAGGAAGAGGCGGCUUUGGCAAGAUUGUUCAGCAAAAGUUGGCGACUCAGUAGACGGGAAUCAACAAUUGGGAUGGCAGGCGGGGAGGACUGUUGAGCCCGGCUGGUAUCUACUUGGACAGCUGAGUAGAAGGGAGGGAAAGAGGGCUGUCUCUUUCUUUGCAAGGGGUAGCUCAAGACCCCUUUCCCGCACCCUUUGCUGUUCUUUAUGCUUAUCCUGGCCUGAGUUGGGAUAUAGGUCCAAGGAGCGCAAGGGAUGCCUAUGGUGGAAAGGAAUCGGAAGUUUAAAUAGCUGUUUCUUUUCUUUUUUCACUGUUCCUGUGUGCCGUCAGUAGUGGUUGUAGUCUCCUAGGGAGUGUAAGCUGUCCUUAAUGUUAUAGGGGAGGAAUAAGACUGCAAUAAAAACGUAAUUAGCUGAA